UAGCUGCGCUUUCCGAAGCACCGAACCAAACACAGGCACUCGAUUGCCAGGCGUGGGAGCGGCCAUAUUUGUUUAAGGUUCGCGCCGUGCGAGGUCCAUGGAGGUGGAGGGGGAGAAGAAGGUGGCCAUGGAGGCGGAGCUAGGGAAGGAGACGAAGGAGGAGGCGGCCGCCGACGUGAGUCUGAAGGAUCUGUCCAGGAGGCUCGACGACUUCGCCAAGGAGCGGGACUGGGAGAAGCACCACAGCCCAAGGAACCUUCUGCUCGCCAUGGUUGGCGAGGUUGGGGAGCUGUCGGAGCUGUUCAUGUGGAAAGGGGAGGUGCAGAAGGGUUGUCCGGGCUGGGAGGAGAGGGAGAAGGAGCACCUCGGCGAGGAGCUCUCGGACGUGCUGCUCUACCUGAUCCGGCUCUCUGACAUGUGUGGCGUCGACCUCGGCGACGCGGCCCUGAAGAAGAUUGUGAAGAACGCCGUCAAGUACCCGGCGCCGUCAAAGAGCGCCUGACGAGCAAACGACUAGUAUGGUCUGCAGAGGCAUUGUCUACUUUUUCGGAGUUUAAGAAAGUGAAGUUCGGGCAAACUUGUCGUCGUUUUCUUCUUUUCAAUAGCAAAAUUGUCGGUUGAGUCAA